UACUCCUGUUCUUCUUUUAUUAUAUCAGUUACAUUUGCGGAUCACGCCACCCCCGACUUCUCAUGUUACUGGCUUUGCCUCCUGGCCUCUCGAGUUCACAGGCAGCCCCGCCCAGGAAAGUUCAUCACUCGCUGCACAGCACAGCUGGUUUGCGGGGACAGGAGCUGUGAUUCUCUGCGUCUCGCAAUGUCUCUCCCCGCUGCAGGGGGAGCGGGGCCUGAUGAGCUGAUCUUCUCCGUGAACGGGAGGAAGAUAGUAGAGAAGAAUGCUGAUCCUGAACAAAUGCUGUUGUCUUACCUCCGAAAGAGACUCCGUCUCACAGGGACUAAGUAUGGCUGUGGAGGAGGUGGCUGUGGAGCCUGCACUGUGAUGAUCUCCACAUAUGAACCAGCUUCCAAGAACAUAAAACAUUAUUCUGCCAAUGCCUGUCUAUUACCAAUAUGCUCGUUGCAUGGCGUUGCAGUCACCACUGUGGAAGGCGUAGGAUGCACAAAAACCCGGAUACAUCCAGUUCAGGAAAGGCUGGCCAAGUGCCAUGGCUCUCAAUGUGGCUUUUGCACCCCUGGAAUGGUGAUGUCCAUGUAUACCUUGCUGAGAAACCACCCUGAACCCUCCAUGGAGCAGAUAGCUGCAGCUCUGGCUGGUAACUUGUGCCGCUGCACUGGGUAUAGGCCAAUCUUAGAUGGCUGUAAAACCUUCUGUAAGGAACCAUUUUGUUGUCAAAGUAAAGAAAAUGGGAACUGUUGCUUGGAUCAAGAAGACAAACUCAAAGGAGAGAAGUUUUCCACCAAGCUGUUUUCAGCAGAUGAAUUUCAGCCCUUGGACCCCACCCAGGAGUUUAUAUUUCCACCAGAAUUAAUGACAAUGGCUGAAAAUCAGCCAAAAAGAACUCUUGUUUUCCAAGGGGAAAGAACAACAUGGAUUUCACCUGCUAGCCUAAAGGAGCUUCUGGAGCUGAAGGCUAAGUACCCCAAAGCACCUCUCGUGGUGGGGAACACCAGUGUGGGGCCUGAAAUGAAAUUUAAAGGAGUGCAUCAUCCAGUUAUCAUCUCUCCUGCAAGGAUCCUAGAUCUGAAUGUGGUGAGGUACACAGACAAUGGACUAAGCCUUGGAGCUGCCUGCAGUCUGGCUGUAGUGAAGGAUGCCCUGGCAAACACAGUCUCAGAACUUCCAGGGGAGAAGACAAAGAUUUUCCGUGCUCUCUUGCAUCAGUUAAAAACUCUGGGAGGACAGCAGAUCAGAAACAUUUCCUCUUUAGGUGGAAACAUUAUGAGUAGAAAGUCAACAUCUGACUUGAAUCCCAUUCUAGCAGUUGGCAACUGUACCCUCAACCUGGCAUCAAGAGAAGGAACACGGUGGAUUUCUUUGAGUGACAUUUUUGCCAAUGGAGUUGGUAACAAUACCCUUAUGCCAGAAGAAGUCUUAGUCUCUGUUCACAUCCCUCAUUCCAGGAAGGGGGAGUUUGUAUCGGCAUUCCGACAGGCCCAGCGCCGGGAAAACGCUCUACCAAUUGCUAAUGCUGGGAUGAGGGUACUUUUUGCGGAAGGCACAGACAUAAUUACGGACUUUGGCAUUUUCUAUGGCGGCAUUGGCUCUACCACCGUCUGUGCAAAACACACCUGUCAGGCACUCAUAGGGAGGCAUUGGAAUGAGCAGAUGCUUGAUGAAGCUUGCAGACUGGUUCUUAAAGAAGUUUCUCUGCCAGGCUCAGCCCCAGGUGGGAAGGUGGAAUAUAGAAGGACUUUGAUUGUCAGUUUCCUCUUCAAAUUCUACCUCCAAGUGCUUCAGUCAUUGAACAGGAUGGACCCCCAUCUGUAUCCUGACAUAUCAGAGAAAUAUGGGAGUGUGCUACAAGAUUUCCAACCCAAAAUGCCCCAGAGCGAACAAAUAUACCAGCAGGAAGUAAACCCAGAGCAGCUUCCCAGGGAUCCAGUAGGACGUCCCAUCAUGCACCAGGGUGGUAUAAAACACGCCACUGGUGAAGCUGUUUAUUGCGAUGACAUUCGUGCUGUGGAUGAAGAGCUCUUCCUGGCUGUGAUAACCAGUUCCAGAGCCCAUGCAAAGAUUGUAUCGAUUGAUACAUCAGAGGCCCUCAAAGCACCAGGAGUGUUUGAUAUUAUAACAGCUCGGGAUGUCCCAGCCACAAACGAGUUCUACUAUUACAGUGAUCCAGAGAUUAUAUUUGCAAAAGAUAAGGUAAUUUGCGUGGGUCAGAUUGUCUGUGGUGUGGUUGCGGAUUCAGAUGUUCAUGCCAAACAAGCAGCUGCAAAAGUGAAGAUAGAGUAUGAAGAUCUGGAGCCAGUGAUCCUGACUGUUGAGGAGGCUAUAAAGCACAAUUCAUUCUUUGAGCCACAAAGAAGACUAGAACAAGGAAAUGUCGAUGAAGCAUUUGAAACUGUUGAUCAAAUACUUGAAGGAGAGAUCCACAUCGGGGGACAGGAACAUUUUUACAUGGAGACUCAGUGCGCACUUGUUGUGCCAAAAGGAGAGGAUAAAGAAAUGGACGUGUAUGUGUCAACCCAGCAUCCAGCACUUACCCAGGAAAUGGUGGCCUCAUGUUUAGGAGUUCCAGCCAAUAGGAUCAUGUGCCAUGUAAAAAGAAUCGGUGGAGCUUUCGGUGGGAAAGUAGGGAAAGCUGGUCUGUUGGCAUGUGUUGCUGCAGUGGCAGCAAACAAAACUGGUCGUGCGGUUCGUUUUAUCCUGGACCGGGGGAAUGAUAUGUUAAUCACAGGGGGCCGACACCCUCUCGUUGGCAAAUAUAAAGUUGGCUUCAUGAAUGAUGGUAGGAUCAUGGCUGCAGAUGCCAAAUACUAUAUCAAUGGAGGAUGCACUCCUGAUGACUCUGUUCUGGUAGCAGAGGUAGUCUUACUAAAAAUGGAUAAUGCUUACAAGAUUCCCAACCUGCGGUGCUGCAGUCACGCCUGCAAGACGAACUUGCCAUCAAACACAGCAUUCCGAGGAUUUGGUUUCCCACAGUCAGGACUGAUUACAGAAUCCUGGAUAACAGCCAUUGCAGCCAAAAGUGGUUUAUCAGCAGAAAAGGUUAGGGAAAUAAACAUGUACAAAGAAACUGAACAAAUAUGCUACAUUCAAGAGCUUGAUCCAGAGAACCUGGUACGGUGUUGGAAUGAAUGUAUGGAGAAGUCUGAAUACUACAGCAGGAAAACAGCUGUGGAAGAAUUUAACAAGCAAAAUUACUGGAAGAAGAAGGGGAUUGCCAUUAUUCCCAUGAAGUUUCCAUUUGGCUUAUUGACACGUUUUCUAACUCAGGCUGCUGCUCUGGUUCAUAUCUAUAUGGAUGGUUCUGUGCUUCUAACUCAUGGUGGAAUUGAAAUGGGACAAGGCAUCCACACCAAAAUGAUCCAGGUUGCCAGCCGGGAAUUAAAGAUCCCCAUGUCGAGUAUUCAUUUUUGUGAAACAAGCACAACAACUGUUCCUAAUGCUUGUGCUUCAGUAGCAUCUGCUGGAACUGAUGUCAAUGGAAUGGCAGUAAAGGAUGCUUGCCAGACUCUCUUGAAACGCCUGGAGCCCAUCAUUAGCAAGAACCCGAAAGGUACCUGGAAUGAUUGGGUUAAAGAAGCAUUUGAACAGAGCAUUAAUCUUUCAGCUACAGGAUACUUCAGGGGCUAUGAGGCUAACAUGGAUUGGGAGAAAGGGGAAGGCCAUCCAUUUACGUAUUUUAUUUUCGGAGCUGCUUGUUCGGAGGUUGAAAUUGACUGUCUUACAGGAGAUCACAAGAACAUCCGAACAGACAUCGUUAUAGAUAUUGGAUGCAGCAUAAAUCCAGCUGUGGAUAUAGGACAGAUUGAAGGUGCCUUUGUUCAGGGCAUUGGACUUUAUACAAUGGAGGAGUUAAAAUACUCCCCAGAAGGCGUCUUGUACACUCGGGGCCCGGAUCAGUAUAAAAUCCCUGCAAUCUGUGACAUCCCAGAACAGUUCAGUGUUUCCUUGCUGUCAUCCUCACAAAAUCCUUAUGCCAUCUACUCAUCCAAGGGGAUUGGCGAGGCAGGGCUGUUCCUGGGAUGUUCUGUGUUCUUUGCUAUCUGGGAUGCAGUGGCUGCUGUGCGGAAGGAAAGAGGAUUAACCGGGACCUUCACCCUGAACAGCCCCCUGACUCCUGAGCGGAUUCGAAUGGCCUGUGCCGAUCAGUUUACUGAGCUGAGUGCAAAAGAUGAACCUGAGUCCUUCGUUCCUUGGGCCAUCUCCAUAUGAAUGGCAAACAGAACCUCGCACAAAGCCUGAAUGAACUCCAGUGGCACUGAUUUGUUGAUUAUGAGGGUGGGGGCUCAUUUAAUCAACACACAUAUUUUAUUUUAAUUCAAAAUCUACCCUCUGGCUACUGAAUAAUGAGGAUUACUUCUUCAGCCCAUUCUCCCACCUGAGUUUUCAUCAUAUAUUUAGUUGUUUUACUAUAUUUUACUCCUAGAUACACAUCUAAAUAGAUUGAAAGAGGGUUAUGCAAUAAGAUCCAGCUACUACACAUUCUCUAUGAUCAUCUUAAAUUGCCACUAGGGAGGAAUUAACGAUCACUUUAACAAUGGUGCAAAAUCCAGAUUUUUUUCCUCAGGAUUUUUCAGAACAAUGGAAUUCAAAUUUAUCUCUCAAUAGUAUAGCUAGGUUCACUGAGGUAAUAAGAUGCGAGAGCCUGUGCUGGGUUGAGCUAGUAGUGCACUCGGGGUGGGGUGUGAGGGUUGAGAGUGAACCAAAAAUAAGUGCACCAAUACUCCUGAGAUAUCCAUUUGCAUCCCAAUAUUCAGCUUCGGGACAGAGUUUUAAAGGCAUUUAGGCUUUGCGAAAGUGCCUAUUUAGUUUAGAUGCUUAAAUCUCAUUAAAAUCAAUGGGAGUUAGGCACCUCACCUGCUUAGAGAGUUUGAAAAUCCCACUAGGCACCUAUCUGCAUCUUUAAGCACCUACGGAUGUUUAAAAAACUGGCCCUUAUUGACUUCUUAUGGUUCUAUAAGUGCUGUAUGUUAAUAUUAGUUUAUGUAGAACAAAUAUUUUUCUUAUGAUGUUCAUUCUUGUGCCCAUGAAAGUUAAAAUAAGCAGCAGAAACGGGUUCCCAGAAGAGGCAAGAUAAAAUGGCAUAUCACUGUUAACUCCCAUUCUGUCAUUAUUUGCUGCUUUGAGGUCUGAUCCUUUAGUCACAAGUCAUCCCUAGUCUCGUAAGUAGCCUCAUUGUUAGUAAUAACUCUGUGCACAGAAACAUAAAUGGAACCUAAAGAGUGCAAGUAGCUUUCCCAUUUUAAAGGGUGUCUUGCCAAAUUGCACUAAGCCAGACAUUUGGAGGAGUCCCCAUCACUGACCCAGAGAGACCAACUAAAAUGUAGCUGUGGGAGAAGGGAGCUAUAAUGAUGUGUCAAGGUAUUUUCAGUAAAACACUUUAACAAUCCAGUACAGUAUUUGAUUUCUGAAAGGCUUCAAAUAAGAUGCUAAUUUAGGCUUCAAUUCUGCAAUAAAAUCUCCAUGUAUGGAUCCCAUGGCAGGAUCAGAACCUAAGUGAUCACAAUAAUUACCUUUUGAUCACAAACUUGAUGCAGCAAUGUGUGAUUUCACACAGAAAAGCUGCUCUGUGUGGUGCUAACACCUGUGUACUAAAAACAACUAGGAGGAGACAAGGGAUCUAAUUCUCCUUUGUGAUACCGAUGCAACUCCACUGAAGUUGCAUUGAUAUAACUGAAGCCAUUAGGGUGACUGUAAAAGAGAAGAAUUUGGCCCACGAUAUCUUAAGGGUGACUUUGCUACUGUUUCUCUUGGAGACCUUUUUAUUUUCUCAUGACUUGAUUCAAAGCCCAUUGAACUCUAUGGAACAAUAUCCAUUGACUUCACUGGGCUUUGGAUCGGGCCUUGAUGAGAUUGUCUCUGGAAAGUAGAUCCGAACGGUGCCAUUGGGCACAACAGCUCAGGGUGAUAUUGGAACAAUCAGAAUGCAGGUGAGGAUUGCUCUUUAAUUGCUGAUAAACACUCUUUUAACCUCAGCAGGGAAGAUGGAUAUAAUGUAAGAUUAGAAGAUGUUUCACAAAGAUUAUCAGUUUUCUGCUGACAUAUGGGGUGUGGUGUGAUUAGAACUGCACCCAGAGAAGCACUAGUUUGACGAGCUUCAAAAAGAAAAAAGCCCUAUUGUGCUUUCAUGUAUUAGAUGCUAAACAAGAUAUUCUGUGGGCUAAAUUUAUAUAUUCUUACAUUCUCAGGCAAGACCAGCAAAUUACACUGAUUACUGAAGUUAAUUAAUAUACUAUAUAUAGUAAUGGGAGGUCGUGACCACAAAAUCCCUGCCAGAUUUUGAGAUCUAGAAUUUUGGCUUUGCACUUUCUAGGGCCAUGAAGUUGAGAUGCAGACUCAGAGCAUUCCCAAGGUUUGGUGAUUUUUGGUUUUGGGCUUUAGUUUGGGAUCCAUCUCUAAUAUACAAUAUUUAGGGUAUUGUGCAGGUGAGUCAUUAGUUGCCAGAUGUCCUGGUUUCAUCUGGAUAAUCAUGGUUGAUUCUUUUGGGGGGAAUGGAAGGAGGGAGUAAUUUAAAUGUUUGCUUUGUAACUUUCAUAUGCUGUGCUCCAAUUAUUCCUUGUCAUGAAGUACCGAUAGCAAGAGACUGCACCUCCAGUCUCUCAGUGAGGCCUUGGCUACACUUGCAGUUGUACAGCACUGUGAGAUAAACCUGACUUCGUACAGCUGAGUAGGGAAAGCGCUGCAGUCUGUCCACACUGACAGCUGACAGCGCAAUGGCGUGGCCACACUUGCAACAUUUGCAGCUGUGUUGGGAGCGGUAAAUUAUGAGCAGCUAUCCCAGUAUUCAUGUGGCUGCAACGUGCUUUUCAAAACGGGGCGGUUUGACAGGGAGUGUGGGGGGAGAGAGAGUGCUUUUUGGAGCGUUAGCUCUCUAUUUUGCAAGUUCCAAACUCCCGGCCCCCUGCUCAUUCAUUUCACUCACUCAAAGCAAACAGCAAACUGUUUGCUUUUCUCUGUGGUACGAGCUUUGAAAACGGCACUUCCGCAUUCCUGCAGCCGGUCACAACAAUGGAGAGGAUUGGCCACUUGACAAGGUGAUCAGUACAGCGCUGCAGGUUGAUUCCUGGUACACACUCACAGGGGAGAAUCGUAGCCACUCCUCUGUAUCUCUUAUGCUUCUCGGGGAGGUGGAGUACCUGCAGCAGUGUACCCAGGGAGAUAUAGCUGGUCAGUGAGUUACAGCGCUGGGGGCGGCUUUACAGCGCUGUAACUCGCAACUGUAGCCAAGGUCUUAGUUUUCUUUACUAUGUCUUUCACCUUGAUAGAGAUCAGAUUGCCCCGGGUCAUCUACUCUGCUCAGGUUUCUAUGUUCACACACCCAUGCUGAUUAUUGCACCAUUGUUUCUUCUCCAGUUGCCACCCAAAGUAUUUCCUCCUCCUUUUGUCAGAUAUCAUGCCUGUGACUGAAGUCAGGCUUAUAGGUUAAUAAUUUUUGCACUUGCAGUUAGAAUAUGAUUUCUGUAUUUUUAAAUCUGUUUUUAUAUGCACAGUUUCUAUAUCCUGUAUGAGAGCGUCACUGUGCUUCCUUUGCUGCCUUUUAUUGAUAUUCAUUUGUCUUUUAUAUAUCAUGUGAAAUUCAAUAAAACAGAUUAAUCGUAAAUGCAAUGCCAUCUUCUUUCUGGUAUGAAAGAUUCUGGUCUUGGCUCAUUCUGUGGGCUCUGACACCAGACUGCAGGCCCCCAUCAGCAGAAGGGAGUUCACAGAAGCAGAUGCCACCCACUGUC